AUGGAAAAUGACUAUGAUCCUCCGAUUGUCACGAUUUCAAUACUUGAUACCGCAAAGAAGCAUGUCACAAGGCUCAUGAGGGGGAAAGGCUUCAAUCAUUGGAAUCUCUAUGCCUUGGAAUUUGUCUGUCGAGUUUUCCCGCGCGAUCCUGCCAUGGAAGCAAAUUUUCAGAGAGACGGAAAGCUACUCGCUCCAUUUGCUGACCACUUGAGAAAGCAAUGCGAAUCGCACCAUCUGCCACCUUCCACUAAAGAAGCACUUGCCGAGUUCCUUAUCGCGAAGGAAAAGCUUGAUCAGCCCUCUUCUCCUUUUCCCUCGUCAACUUCGCCUGUUAACAGUGAUGUUUCAAAAGAAAUUGAAGCACAUGAUCGAGUCAAUGCGAGUUAUGCUGUUGCACUGAAACCGUCGCUAUGGUCUCGGCCCUUGCAACUCUUCGAUCCUGGGGCGCAACCUAACAUGUCGAUGUGUUCGGGGUCAGACAUGAAAUUUCAUUUCAAUUUCAGUCAGUUGGACGAGGAUUCCAGGGAAUUUUUGGGCAUGGCCUCAUCUAUUGGUGACUGCUUUCCCAGUGAUAUAUUUGACCAAGCCCAUAAUAGUCUGAAUUGGGGAUCAAAUGGCCAGGCGAUCUGCCCUGGAUCUGGAGUACCUCAAGGGCAUAAGAAAAUGCUCGAACGUCUAAAAGAGAAUGGUUUUAUCAUACCCUUGCCCAACAAUGGGGUAGGUACUACUAUGAUGAUUCAUCCAGAGGUCCCGGGGAUGCUAUGCUGUUUCGGUCAAAUGGCCGCAAAGAGAUGGCAGCGCCUGGCAACAAACGCCAUCCUCCAUGCUUAUCCUAAAGAUGCUCAACUACGACCUCUUGAGUAUACGGUGGCAGGAGCGUCGCUGAUACCAAUGCUCGGGCGAGCUCUGUCUCAUCUCCUUCAAUGUAGCCCAGAUGACCUGGAAAGUCAUGUCAUAGAGCUUGCGAUUGACGCCUGCCUUUCUGCGUCAAACUUCGGAGAUAAGCGUUGGAAGACAGUCGCUGUUGCAUUUGCCGAACAUAUGGCUAACCAGCUGGGCUGUGCCGUCACCAAAGGAAGGGUACGACUGCGAACAGCCUCGCUUGCAAGGUUGUACCCCAGGGAUAUCCCAUCUCCGCAAGAAAUCUAUAUUCCCAGGACAAACAACCGUUCGAACGCGGACUUUGGCAAACUAAAGCUGCUGGAAGCCCGGCUCCAAAUCGAGGCGAGGAGUUCUACCGAAGAAAUCAACAAAACACUCAACCAAUUUUCCGCGUUCAAUCCUAUAUCGAAUCUCGAGGAGUCGAUCCAACUUGAAAUAAACUUUCUGCGGGCCAAGCUACAGAGAUAUGAUGGGGAUUUUGGUCGUGCAAAGAAUACCCUUGUGGAUUUUAUGGAGGCCCUGAGAUAUCGAGCAAGCAACAUGAUGACGAUUCAAUAUUACGAGACCGUCUGCGAGGCAGGGUAUCCAUCCAAUGCCAUAGGACACCUGGAAUACGAGUAUGGAGAGCUGCUGAAGAAGGAACAGGGCCAAUCAGGGAAUGGUAGAAGGUUGAGGUUGGCGUUGGGAGGUGCCUAUUUGAUGGAAUUUCUUUCAAAUCGGCCUUUCGACAAUGACUUGCUGAAGAAAGCCGAGAAGCUCUUUCGAAGUAUUCAUUGGAUGGCAGAACCAAGCAUGGUUACGAAGCAUAAUCUUUACGUCACCAAAGCAAGCCUCGGCAUGGUUCAUCUUCUCAGAUCUGAGUGGGAAAAGUCUAUGAAAUAUUGGGAUGAAGCUUUAUACGUGUCGCGAGACUGUUUCCAAAAAACUGGCCACGCAGAGAUGCUGAUACAAUACGCUCAAUGCGAGAUCCUGUAUCGGCUUGGUCGAUAUUCGGAAGCCGUGAUCAAAGGCUCUGCAGCGCAGGAGAUUUUUCAAGAGUGCGGCCGGCAAUAUUAUUUCUUGGGCCAAGGAACUGCCUGGCUCGACAAACUUGACGAGCUUGCAAGGGAGGGUGGAAGACCUGCGAUUGCAGCAAGAGGCUCAAACGCCCCGUGA